UAUCGUCAGGUCAAGCGUUGCUUGUAGAUCUUCUUUUUAGGGCGAUGGAGCUGGGGCUGGGCGCUUGAUCUUCCGAUGGAGCUCGAAUUCGCAGGCAUGGAUUUUGGCUGCGCGCUCAAUGCGCUCGGCAACGCCCAACUGCCCGCCAAGGAGUGCAUUCUCCCGCUCCUCUCCAAGGUCCUGGGCUACUGCAUCAUCCUUGCUUCCACGAUCGUCAAGGUUCCACAGAUUCACGUGAUUAUGAAGAACAAGAGCAUCCAGGGGCUGAGCAUUCCAUCCUUUGAGUUGGAAGUGGUGGGAUUUACCAUCGCUCUCGCGUAUUGCCUCUUCAAAGGCUUGGCCUUCUCGGCCUAUGGAGAACUAGUGUUUCUUCUCAUUCAAACGAUUGUCUUGGUGGCACUUUUAUACCAAUACUCUCCAAAUCGUGGACUUAACGUCUGGGCAAAAUCAGCAUUAUACUGUGCAAUUGCUCCGAUGCUGUUGGCAGGAAAGCUGGAUGCGAAUAUGUUCGAGGCCCUUUACGCUUGCCAGCAUCUCAUCUUCUUUUGCUCGCGAUUGCCGCAAAUUUUCGAGAAUUACAAGAACAAGAGCACCGGCCAGCUUAGCUUUCUUACCAAUUUCAUGAGCUUUGCUGGGUGUUUCGUUCGUCUGUUCACAAGCAUUCAAGAGAGUGCUCCAACAAGCAUGAUCGUUGGUAGCAUUCUCGGGGUUUUGACAAACGGAGUCGUGAUGAUCCAGUUUUUGCUGUAUAACCAGAUGAAAUUGAGGAGAGACUGAAAGCUUUGAAGAGCUUUCGCUCUCCAGUGAUUUUUUUCUCCCAGUAACUUAACAUGAAAACGUAUCUCCGCGGACCGUCCGAUCCAAACAGGAUCCAA